CAUUCAAUGAGGCUUCAAUGUAACGAUUUCUGAUAAAAACAGACGCAGUACUGCGGUCUAACGGCGGGGACAUUAGUCGGAUGCUACAAUGUUUAUAUAUCUUCUUUUGCCUCAGCUAGUUUUCUGUAACAGCUCUGUGGUGCAGCACUCAGACAGUCCUUUAGGUAUUCUUGCACAUGUGACCAACAUGUCUGUGGAUUGGGUAGGAUAUGGAUACGCAGCCCUUAUCGCAACCGGGGGAGUCGUUGGCUAUGCGAAAGCAGGCAGUGUCCCCUCCCUUGCUGCUGGUCUUCUCUUCGGUGGCCUCGCAGGUUUUGGUGCCUACCAGAUCUCCAAUGACCCCAAUAAUGUUUGGGUGUCCCUCGCUACAUCAGGAGCUCUGACUGGCGUCAUGGGAAAGAGGUUCUAUGGAUCCAGGAAGUUCAUGCCAGCUGGUUUGAUGGCUGGUGUAAGUCUUCUGAUGGUGGGAAAGCUAAGUUUGGCAUUGCUCCAGAAACCCCAGGAGUCCUGAAGGAGAGAAGAAUCUGAUGUGUGCUCCAUCUUCUGUUCCAAGGAACAACCCUGUCAGCAUAUGUCAUUUACAUGUCAUUUUGUAAAAAAAAAAAAAUAAAGUAAGUGUAUAUUUGAGGAUGAAAUAUAGUACCUUGUUUAUAUAAUAGGAAA